AGGAGCAGGAAGAUGGCGGCGCGGCGGGGUAGCCUCCUCUGCCUGCCUAUCGCCCUGGCGCUCUUGGUGAGCGGCGGCGGCAGCAGCCCUCAGGCAGCUGGGCCGUUGCCUGCCGCCUCGUCCGAAGCCUUUGACUCCGUGUUGGGUAACACGGCGUCGUGUCACCGCGCCUGCCAGCUGACCUACUCCCUACACACCUACCCCAAGGAAGAGGAGCUGUAUGCGUGCCAGAGGGGCUGCAGACUCUUCUCCAUUUGUCAGUUUGUGGACGAUGGCAUUGACCUGAAUCGGACCAAGCUGGAAUGCGACUCUGCCUGUACUGAAGCAUACUCCCAAUCUGAUGAACAAUAUGCUUGCCAUCUUGGAUGCCAGAAUCAGUUGCCAUUUGCCGAGUUAAGGCAGGAGCAAUUAAUGUCCCUGAUGCCAAGAAUUCAUCUCCUUUUUCCUCUGACACUGGUGAGAUCAUUCUGGAGUGACAUGAUGGAUUCAGCUCAGAGCUUCAUAACAUCCUCGUGGACUUUCUACCUUCAGGCAGAUGAUGGCAAAAUUGUCAUAUUCCAGUCAAAGCCAGAAGUACAGUACGUUCCACAGCUCGAGCAGGAAACUGCGGAUUCAAGAGGAUCCUUGUCACUGGGUAAAACAGCCUCAGACCUGCGCCCAGGGAGUUCCCAGCCCUACAGAGGCCUCUUUGAAGAGCGAGAAACCGAAGGCUUUUUCAAGUGUCUUUCCAUAAAUUCCAGUUGGAUAUUAACCACCACACUGGUGCUGUCAGUGUUGGUGCUGCUCUGGAUCUGCUGUGCCACUGUAGCCACAGCUGUGGAGCAGUAUGUUCCCUCGGAGAAGCUGAGCAUCUAUGGAGAUUUGGAAUACAUGAAUGAACAAAAACUGAACAGAUACCCCUCCUCUGCACUGGUGGUGGUUAGAUGCAAGAAUGAAGAGCACGAAGAAGUAGGACCUCUUCCUGCAAAAGUCAAUCUGGCUCAGUCUGCCAUUUAAUAAACAGGUCUUCUGUGGAUCCAGUAGACUUAACUCUAAUAGAGCUAGCAGCUCUUGAUUGUUUGUGGUGGUUCUUCAGAUGAGAAGCUUAGCAGCCAGUCCUUCAAUGCAAAUCAAGCUGCAGAAUCAACAGAUGUCGUGGGAUUUUGUUUUCAACCAGUAGUGAAGAUUCAGACCUCUCGAAUUUCUCUUUGUUUCCAGACAUAAUCACUUCUCACUGGUGUUUGCUCUGUGUCUUUUUGCUUACCAGAGCUGUAAGCAUGCUUUCCAUACUUCUGCCAGGACACUUCCAGACCAGAUUUGUGUGUGUUCUAGGAUGUAAUGUGUACAUUCAGGGUUAGCUUUGUGAAGGUAGAUGAAAUUUUCAGUAGGCAGGAGACGUCUCUUUAGUGUUGCACUUUCUGUUGUAGUUAAAGGAUUAUAAAAUGACCUGUUGGUUAUUACUUUUUUUGGUACUUGUUAAUGUCCAUGCACAAACAAAACAACAACAACAAGAAAUAUAUA